AAUAAAGCGAAAUGGGCGCGCUUCUUUCUCGUUUAUACUAUUAUCGCGAAAAGAAAGUAAUCAUACUAGGUUUGGACAACUCAGGAAAAAGCACGAUUUUGAGCCAGCUCCUAAAAUAUCCCAAGAAAAAGACGAUGCGUGAGCCGUACAUGCCACCCACACUCGGGUUCAACAUGCAGAAAACAACAUUUAAGAACAGGAAAUACUCUUUGUGGGACCUGUCUGGCAAUAGCAACAUUAGAAAGUACUGGAAAUGUUAUUUUACAGGUUGCAACGGUGUUAUAUUCGUUAUUGAUGCGGCAGAUAUCGGGAGGAUAGAUGAGAAUAUCGGUAUACUGAAUGAGCUGGUGAGCGAUGAGGAGCUAAAACAGCUGCCGUUUUUAGUUUUUUUGCACAAAUUUGAUAAGAAACCAAACUUGGAAUUGUGGUGGGAGAAGAUUGGAGAGGUGUUUCAAAAGAGGAAACACAAAAUUUGCAGGAGUACAUAUAAGGAGGAGAGUACAGUAUAUGCUGGCUUUGCCUGGCUGGCAUACGAGAUGAAAUAGAACAGUGAUUGUUUAUAGAAGACACUCGUGUUUCAGUACGCUGUAUUUCGC